AUGGCCGCACCCACAGAUACAGAUAUCGAUACCAGUUAUGAGAUGAAAGAUCUUCAACAUGCGCUGCGAAACGCAAACCUGGAACUCAGUCUUGAGAGGAGUAAGCAUUCGGUCGAGCUGGUGGCCAAGGACGAGGAGAUCCGAAAGCUGCGAGUGGCACAGUGCCUGCUGCAGGACGAAAACACCGAUCUCCACGAGCAACUCGAAGAAGAGCAGGGCCGUGCUGAUGAGCUGGAGACGGCGCUUGACGACGCUCUAGCGCAGUUGGACGAGCAGCGCGCUGAGAAUGAGGCUGCGCAAAACACAAUCCGCACACAGGCGCGGGAGGUCGCCAAUCUCAAGGCUGAACUCAAGGCCAUGGAAAACGUGACUUCCGACUCCGACAAGAUCCUUUCGGAGAAACUCGCCCUGUCUCGCGAGAUCUCAUCAUUGCGCCCUGAAGUCGAGCAUCUGCGCGCCCAGGUUGAAUCAAACGCAGGACUUCUCACCGAAAAGCUGGCUCUGCAACGCCAACUGACUACACUCCAAGCCGAGCUCGAGAACGAGAAACGCAACGCCGCACGUGCGCUGGCCAAGCAAGGGAAGAAGAUGGAGCAGGACGAGGAUCUCCGCAGUGAGUUGGAAGAAGUGCGCAAUGAGCUCGCGACAGAGAAAAAGGAGCGGAUGAAGGCAGAGGCUGGGCUUACAAAGGCGGAGAAGGCAAUGGAGAAGGUGCAGGCUGAUCUGGAGUCACAACAGCAAACAACGGAGCGGCUGCAGGCCAAGGUGGAGAAACUGUCAAAGAAGGAAGCCAGCAAAGCCAGCAAGCGCGAUGAGGAGCAUGAUGCUGCGGUUGAAGAACUUCGUCAGGAGCUAGAACAAGAGAAGACUGCGCGUUUGCGAGCGGAAAGGGCUAGUAAGAAUGCCGGUCAGCGGGAUGCCGAGAUUGAAGAGUUGCGUGAAGAACUGGAGCAAGAGAAGCGCGAGCGUCAAAAGGCCGAGAAGACAUCCAAGAAGAGUUCUCAAUCGAUGGACACUCAGGUUGAAGCUGUUAGGAAAGAACUGGAAGAGGAGAAGCGCGAGCGUAAAAAGCAAGAGAAGGAGUUCACCAAGACACUGGCUGAGCUGCAGGGUCGAAACACUAUUCUCGAUGACAAGCUGAGUGCUUUCCGGGAAAAGCUUCGGUCAACCAAGGAGAAACUCAAGGAGAAGGAGGCCGAGCUCGAAAGAGCGGAUAGGGCGCAAACAGCACCGCCCGCCAAGGUUGCUUCGACAGCUGCUGCCAAACCUGCCACAAAGAAUGCCCGGAAACGGGUUGCUGCUACCGCGGAGCCCGAGACGAUGCUGGGUACGCCAGGAGACGGCUUCCCUGCAAAGAAGACCAAGCGCGGCACUUCAGUCUCGGCAGUUGGUGAUACGUCGACCUUUUCUCUAACACCAUUCCUCAACCGGGCCGGCAAUACAACACACGCCAGCCCCAUUGUUGAGGAAGAGGAAGGAGAUGAGGCUGGAGAAGAGGCUGUUCAGGAACAAGCUACCCCUACAGCACCGCCGAAGAAGGCCUCUGCAAAGGCUGCUCGGCCCAAGGUCAAAGCGCUGGCCCCGUCAGCGUCAAGCAAGGCCAACGCAAAGCCUCGCAAGAAGAACCCUGCGCCUGCUCUAGACAUGGUUACUGAGGAGGCUUCUGAGAUCUCGCACAAUACUUCGCGAGACUUUGAAAACGCCCCAGUGUCGAUUCCGCUCAAAGAUGCCGACGACGGUACUUCGAAGAAGAGCAAAGGCGCCCCCAAGAUCAAGCCUCGCAAGUCUCUCAUGUCGUUUGCUACCUUCGCCGAGGAGCCGGCUGCGGAAAAGAAAAAGAAGCGCAAGCUCGGGGCCAGUGCUGGCAAGACACUGUUUGACGCCGAGGAUGGCGAGGAUGCUGCGCCUUUGAAGCCUGUUGGCAUCAGCAAAGGCUUGUUUGCGGCGCGGGCACUGGGUAAGAGUGUGUUGGGCAAGCAGGGUCAGCAACGGCCUAUUUCAGGCGGCUUCAACAUGAUGAGCGAGGAGGCAUUCACGUUCUCGCCGCUUAAGAAGGAUCGAAGGGGUGCGAGCAUCUUGAAGUGAAUGGGCGGCUGCGAGGCUCAGAUUCAGAUUUAUUGCAUCUGAUAUUAUUACUAUUUCAAAUUGAGUGUCAUCAUAUCCGG